AUGAUGCCAAGAAGAAGACACAGCCCAAUGUUUGCAAUAAGGUCCUUUACUAUUAGAGUCCUCCUCAUUGCCUUCUGUUUGGCACCCUCCUCACUGGCUCAGUUUAAUUCCAGUUGCUCCGAAGACGCCGUGGCCAAUUGUGCUUCGGAGAAUCGCAUCUGUUACAUCGCCGUUGUGUCUCAGGAAGAGACCUGUGGCCCAUGUGUGGAAGGCUAUGUCGAUUUCCCACCGGGAGCCGUCGUGACACUGGAAGCAUCCACCAACACCGAUCUGACACGGCUCUACAAUUGUUUUGCCAUUGACAAACUCACCGUCGCGCUCUUUAUCGAACGCUUUGCGCCCACAUUUCUGAAUGGACAAGUCGGCAAUGAGACGCAGCGUCUGAUCGCUCUGGUCGAAGCAGCUCGCACCGUCGCCGAAUUCAAUCGAAAAUCCGGCGAUACCAAUACCAGCAGAGAAGCCGUCGAGUUGGCACUCAACGAAUUUGCCAUGGAUACUCCCGAGGAACGAGAAACACUAUUGGGCUACCUGAGACCAGAAGAAGGAGAAGAUACGGGAUCCAAUAAUGUCUUUGUUCCCAGUGUAGAUACUCCGUAUCCCAGCAGUGUCAAUUGGCGGGAAUUGGGAGCUGUCACGUCGGUCAAAAAUCAAGGCCGUUGUGGCUGCUGUUGGGCCAUUAGUACCGUGGGCGCGUUGGAAGGAGCCGCGGCGAUUGCUUCCAAUUUCACGUAUCUGCAAUCCCUCAGUUUUCAACAAUUCAUUUCCUGUGACUUGGCACAUAAAGGAUGCAAUGGAGGCUUUCCCUCGCAAGCAUUUGAUUAUGCCGAUGACCGUGGUGUCGCCAAAUGGGAGGAUUAUCCCUAUACGGAUGGCAAAAGUGGAACCACCACCGAAACCUGCGAGUUAAAGGGAAAACCCAUUGAAGUCGAAACAGGUCCGGGGUACAAGGUGAACUAUUAUGGUGAUGUCGACGAUGAUACGUUUACCAAGCGGGUCGACCGAAUGAAAUCGGCACUAGCCAAAGGGCCCGUCGCCAUUAGUAUCAAUGCCAAUUGUGCACGAAUCAUGUUGUAUCGAAAAGGAAUCCUCACCGAUGAUGGUGCUUGUGCCUGUACACCCGAUAUGGAAACCUGUCACAACCAUGCCAUUUUGAUGGUCGGAUACAGCGACAAUGCACUCAUUCCCUACUGGAUUAUCAAGAAUAGUUGGGGAUUCUUGUGGGGUGAAGGUGGCUACUUUCGUGUGGCACAACUCAAUCCACUGGAUACGGAGAACUCGUAUGGGCUAUUCGGGGUUUUGGCCGAGGGAAUCAUACCGGAAGGAACCGCCAAAAGCACUGGAAAGGUAUUUGACAAAAAUGAACGACGUCCUACCUGGUGGAAGGUCUUGGUGGCAUGUUUGGUCAUCUUGGGAGUAUGCGUUAUAGCCCUGGUGGCACUGUUUGCCUGGGAACGGUUUGGAAAGAAGUGAAUGAAUGAAAAUGCGCUCCAUUCGUCAUAGAUGAUAGAUGGAUUGAUACUGUUGCUGAACGGAAGUGUACGCCUUCAUGACACCAGUACAGAACUGCAUUGCCAAGGUCAUCUUUUUGUACUCUGAACUCAUCAGAUGGAACGCAUCACUCACCAGAUAGAUGGGAUGAGACUGCAGAGAAGCCAGGCAAGUUGGUGACGUUUAGAGCAGUCGAGUAGAGGCAGUGUUGGAAAGUCAAGUGGAUGGCAGUGUUGGAAACAGUUGCAUUCUUUACUUGGGAUAGCGAUCAGUGGCCCCUCAAGUUUGACAUAGUUGCAGGACUAUAAUAAUGUAGAAAAGAUGGAGUAUGAUGAGAGAUCAUAGGAUUUCCACCCAACAGGUGGCCUGCCAGCAGUGACUCUUGCUUUUGGGUAGUUGCCUUAGCGUUUAACCUUUGCAAAGCAUCUUUUUAGCUUCUAGGAGCCACGAAAAGCAUCUUUUUAGCUUCUAGGAGCCA